GCUAUUACAGAACAGAACAGAACAGAAAACAGAGAGAGAGAGACAUCCAUGUAAGGUUAUAAUUUUGACGAUGAACAGCUCGUACGGCUUAUGAUUCACGUGAGUCGUGUGCGACACAUGUCAAAUUCGUGAUCUCGGCAAAGAACAAACAAACAAAUUUUACAAACAAUGGUGUUGAAUGAUUAUCCGGAUCCAGAAAGGGUAGGAUGCGGCUUCAACGCGUUCAAAGAGAUAGACGAAGUGACCACUCUGACAGCGGAAUUGAGGAAGCCUGACUUAUCGUCGAGUCUAGUGGAAAGGAAUAGGGAUCGCUUCAACUUUAUUUUGUCCCAGUAUCAAGAUCAACAUCAACUCCUAGACCCGUACCUCGAGAGAAUCCUGGGAUCCUUAUUGUCUAUUAUAAAAGAUGAUUGCUGUGCAGAAAGUAUCAAGCAUAACGCAUUUAAAUACCUAUUUAUCAUCAUGUCUGUAAAAACGUAUAAAAAGAUCGUUACUUAUUUACCACACGAGGUGGUAGAUCUUUUACCUGUAUUAAGAAUGCUUGAAAAGCAAAAUCCACAUGAUGUAGAAACCUGGGAAACUCGAUAUGUUCUCCUUAUAUGGUUAUCCAUUAUCUCAAAAAUACCUUUUCCCCUAUCUCGUCUAGAGACAUCUGAAAAUGUAGACCCAGAACGGACCAUUGUUGUCAGAAUCUUAAAAGUAUGUAAAUUAUAUUGUUUAUCAAAAGAUGCCUGUGCUGUAGCAGCAGUAUUCUUAAUAUCAAACUUUUUAACAAGGUCUGAUGUUAAGAAAUUAUAUCUAGAAGAAAUGAUGAUGUGGUGCUUAAAGUGCAUAGAAGACGAUCCCUUGAGACAUGGACCAUUGGCUGUAAUAGCCUCGAUAUUAAAGCAUAGCGCGAGAGAAGAUGUUAAACCAUAUAGUCAAAUGCUUCUUGAUAACAUGUUGAAACUUCGCUUAAAUGAUAAUCCAGCAGAUCUCAUCAGAAAGUUUGGAAUAAAAGUUGUUCAGCGCAUAGGUUUGGUACUGCUAAGAACGAAAUUGGCAUCCUGGCGCUAUCAAAAAACAAGUCGACCGAUUAGUAUUAUGCCGAAUAUUAAAACGGAUGAUAUUACCGAAAGUGUUAUCGAUUUUAAGAAAACUAUUUCAAAUGACAACGAAGAUCAGGAAAUUCCUCCAGCUAUUGAAGAUAUCAUAGAACAACUGAUACAAGGCCUUCGAGAUAAAGCAAUCACUAUAAGGUGGUCUGCGGCGAAAGGUAUCGGCAGAAUAACAGCUAGACUACCGGUAGACUUAGCCGACGAUGUGCUGGGGUUCGUAUUGAAUCUGUUUUCUGGACGUGAGUCCGAUUCGGCAUGGCAUGGUGGUUGUUUAGCACUCGCGGAACUUGGAAGGCGUGGCUUAUUGCUGCCUCAUCGUUUAAGCGACGUUAUUCCAGUAGUUCUCCAAGCCCUGGUCUUUGACGAGCCUCGAGCUUAUGGAUCGAUCGGUUAUCUGAUCAGAGACGCUGCUUGUUAUAUAUGCUGGUCUUUUCCGAGAGCCUACGAUCCUCAUGUUUUCGAACCUUAUGUCAAAGAAAUUGCGGCAAUGUUAUUGGUGGUGACAUGUUUCGAUAGAGAGAUAAACUGUAGGAGAGCAGCAUCUGCUGCAUUUCAAGAAAAUGUUGGCAGGCAGGGCAACUUUCCACACGGUAUAAAUAUACUAACUGUCGCUGAUUAUUUUGAAGUUGGUGUGAGGAGCCACACAUAUCUCAAAAUCAGUGUCCAAAUUGCGCAAUAUGAAGAAUAUACGAAACCCUUAAUAGAUCAUCUAGUUACUAAAAAGGUUACACACUGGGACACUGCAAUUAGAGAACUUUCAGCUAGAUCACUUUUCAAUUUGACGGCAGCUGAUCCGCACUAUAUGAUAAGCACAGUACUACUUACUUUGCUGGACAUGCUAAAUUCUAUCGAUUUAAACGUUAGACACGGUGCGGUAUUAGCAACUGCGGAGAUUCUCGAAGCUUUAUAUAAUCAUUUCAACGACAAGAUUGAAAAUAUUAUCGGAGCCGCGGCUGUCUCUGAUAUUCAAGACAUAAUACGAACUUUCCGAAGUAGGGGACAAUUUAAAGGACUCGGUGGAGAGCUUAUGAAACAAGCUUGUGCUGUGCUGAUAAAGAAAUGUUCUGUCGUUCAUUUCCCCAUUCAUUUGACCGAUAUUAUAGGUCAUUUUCCGUUAUUCGUUAUUCGCGAAAGAGUGAAAGAUAUUAUAGAGGCGUUGAUCAUGUGCACCAAUAUAUCUGCAAACACAUCAAAAUGGGCGGAGAGUAGGAAAGAAGCUUUGCAUUCUUUAAUAAUGAUAUGCCAAACGUUGGGGAUUGACGAAGCGGACAAGUGGCAAUCGUUUAUGCCUGAUCUGUACAAUUGUUAUUUAUUGGCUCUUAAAGAAUAUACGAUAGAUAGUCGCGGAGACAUAGGCGCUUGGGUGAGGGAAGCUGCUAUGAUUGGAUUACAUAUAUUGACAAAUUUAGUGUCGCAGGCAAAACUAUUGUUCAUAUUGAAUGAAGAGUUGAUGUCUAGCAUCAUUGGUGGUAUCGCACAACAAGCUGUCGAAAGAAUAGAUGGAAUUCGGGCACAAGCUGGCACGGUAUUUAGCGCGCUUAUACACAGCGAACCACCACUUCCCAAUAUUCCAUAUCACAAUGAACUGAAAGCUAUAUUUCCUCUUAACGAAUGUAAAGAGAAUAUCGAAUGGAGGAUGGAAUCCGCAACAUUUCCGCGAUUUAUUAAGAUGUUGAGUUUCCCGCCAUAUAAAAUAAGUCUGUUACGCGGAAUUAUAUUUAGCGUCGGCGGCUUAAGCGAGUCAUUGGUAAAAUAUUCGAGCGUUUCUUUAUUUACUUACUUACAAGAGAUCGACGAGGUGGGCUUGAAGGAUGUAUGCGAAAAGAUUUUAAGUAUAUUCGAAGAAAGUCGUAAAAAUGAGAGGAUGAUAACAUCAAUGUUGGCUUUUCUGGAUCGUUUAUUAAGUUCGGGCUGUAUUCAGUCCAUUUUGGAUGAUGCGGACAAUACAAUUUCUGAACGUAUAUUAACAUUACUGAAACACGAGAUCAAAUAUUCCAGUAAUAUGAAAUUGCUCAUCAGUAGCAUAAAUGUUUUCUGCCAGUUGUUACAAGUACGAGGUCCUGUUGCAAAGAGAGCAUUUUGUCAGUUGAGUAUAUUUUUGUGUCAUAAAUAUACAUGUCUGAGAAAGACUACGGCUAUACGUACUUAUGAAGCUUUAACUCUUUAUGGAGAAGAAAUGGAUAUAACGGAAGAGGAUUUGGCAAAUAUACUCACAAAAUUGAAUGCUACAGAUUGGGAACAAUCCAUCAUAGAUUUACGUCCUAUCAGAAAUCAUUUGUGCGAGCUAAUGAAAGUACCUGCUCCAGUUUUGCAAGUAAAGUCGAUAAAUUGAAAGAGGAGCAGUCUUAUAUACAGAAAGCUUCUCCUACAAAACAACAUUUCUUUAAGCUUGUAUUUUACUUUUACGCUUAUACAGUGUAUAAAGUAAAGCAAAGCUAGUGAUUUAGUGUAUCUCCAAUAUACAAAAUCGCUAGCUAAGCGCGAUUCUAAAAAAAAAGUUAGAAAAAAUAUGGCAGUUUUCAGGACUGAUACUUUGUACAUUUGAAAAAUACUACACACAUAUGUAUGCACAUAUAAGAACAAAAGUUUCUCUCUUCUUCUCUUCCUUUCCUUUUCGUUUUAUGACACAGUCGAAAUCUACAUUUCGUAAAAUGUAUUUAAUAAUUUCAACUUUUCUACUGUAUUAUUUUAUAUGAAAUAAAUGUGUAAAAGUA